UGAUUGAUUUGUUUUGGUUUGAGGCUGGGCUGUUGUUUCUCGUUUUAGUUCUAUAUAAUAAAUAAAUAAUAAUGUCUACAAAUCUUACGAUUAAUUUAAAAAGAGCCAGUAAAGUGUACUAUGAAGGCGAGAGCAUCGCGGGCGUGGUGGUGGUGGACAGCAGCGGCGACGUGCGGCACGAGGGGCUGGCGCUGCUGGCGGAGGGCUCCGUCGGCCUGCAGCUCAGCACCAAGAGCGUCGGCAUCUUCGAGGCCUUCUCCAACAGCAUUAAGCCAAUCAACCUCAUCAACACUAGCAUAGAGCUUGCACCACCGGGCAAGAUUCCUGUUGGAGUUACAGAAAUCCCAUUUGAAAUGCCACUAAGAGCUAGACAGGCCGUAUCCCCUGGCUACCCUGGGCUACUGGAGACGUACCACGGUGUGUUUGUGAACAUCAUGUACACACUGAAAUGCAGCAUGAAGCGGUCUUUCCUGAACAAACCCUUGUUUGCCAGCUGUCAGUUCUUUGUGCAGUAUAGGCCGCAAGAGGCGGCGCCGCAGAAGCCGGUGCGCUGCGAGAUCACGCCGGCCACGGUCCGCGCGGCGGGGGCGGGGAGCGCGGGGAGCGCGCGCGUGGCGCUGCCGCAGUUCCAGAUCUACGCAGAGAUCGACUCCACCGUGUGCGCGCUCGACAAGCCGCUCACCGGCAAGAUCCGCGUGGACGAGUGCGAGGCGGCCAUCAAGUCCGUGGAGCUGCAGCUGGUGCGCGUGGAGACCUGCGGCUGCGCCGAGGGAUACUCCCGCGACGCGACGGAGAUCCAGAACAUCCAGGUGGGCGCGGGCGACGUGAAGCGCGCGCGCGACAUCCCGCUCCACAUGGUGCUGCCGCGCCUCUUCACCUGCCCCACCACCACCACACACAACUUCAAGAUCGAGUUCGAGCUGAACAUAGCGGUGAUCUUCGAGGACGACUACCUGGUGACGGAGAACUUCCCCAUCCUGCUGCUGCGAAGCAGGUAGCCCUGCGAAGCGCGCUGUGAUAGUUAACUUAUUUAAGGCAUUACCUGUAUAUUUUGUAUUUAAGAUUUUGAUAAUAUAUAAAUAAAUUAUAAAAAAUAUACUAAAUAGAUUAUAACUUUCAUUUUGUUUUUGGUGUUAGUCGCGCAGAAACGCAUGAUAAGAGUAAAAUUAAAUACAAUACGUAACAAUUAUAUAUUUUAUUGCCUUAAUUUUAUAAGAAAAUGCUUAUUUACACGUCAUUUACAUUAGAUAAAGUUCUGUGAUGUUCGCUCCUGAUCUUUAGAAGCAGAAAACAACUUUAUAAAAUUAUUCUGCAAUAUUAAUUUGCGCAAAUGUAAUAACAUAAAACAUUAACUAGUUCAUAAAAAGGAUAUUUUUAUUUAUGAAUACCCUACACAAAGUUAAGGAGUGCUAUUAAAUAAUAUCCUCAAUAAAAGUAUUUAAUAAUACCCUAAGAAUCAUCUAUGAAAAUAAUAAUAAUAAUAAUAAAUAAUAAAUAGUUUAUUUCCAAACCAUAACACUAAUACAGCUUAAAAUCUUAA